CUUCCUUUAAAUAUGUUUUUUACCUUUAGCGGGCGGCCAUUUUAUGAGAAGACCAGACAUAGUUUAUUAAAAGGUGAAGAUGAAGGCUUCUUUCAAACCUUAGUAGUGAUUGCCCCUAUAUUAUUUUGAUAGGUGAUGCAUGAGUAUAAAAUUUUGGAAGCAGUGUUCAAGCCAGCCCUGGUUGUUAGAGCAUUAAAACGGUAAUAAUUCAAAGAAUAAUAAAGCUUUUAUAGUGUUUUCAUUGUUAAUUGAAUUUUAAUUACUGUUUGUUAAAGACAUACCUAGACAUGUUUAUAACACUGAUAUUAAUUUUUUGUAACACGUCCAGUAUUUCAUCAUCAAUUAAUACAACCAAGAAAAUUGAUGAAAAAGAACUUUUGAAUAUUAAUUCGAAUAUAGCGUGUAAAAUGCAACCGAAUGGUUAUGAUUGUUCAGGGAAGGGUAAAUUUACACCAGUAUUUUAUUACGACAUACUCCUGGAAGAUUGUAAGACAGCAUACAUUGGACAAUGUCCUCAUCAGUAUAAUACCUACAACAAUCUACGCACUUGUAACGAAGCUUGCAGAGAUUCCACAAGGAAAGAGAUCAAAGGAAUCAAAUCACCGCAGGUAUACUGCAGAUUACAACCAGACUUUGGUCGUUGCAACAGCUAUCAUCCUAUGUGGUUCUUCGAUUUAUCUACUCGCACCUGUAAAGGUUUCUCGUACAGCGGCUGCGGAGGAAAUGUCAACCGAUUCGAUACACACCAGGAAUGUGUUUCAGCCUGUAGUGAACUUAUCGUGUAGAUAGAUGUAAUAUUAAAUGUUUAAACCGUCUUCACGGACUGGGAAAAGUUUCUUGAUAAAGAUUUUCAGUUAGAAA